AGCGAGCGAGCGAGCGAGAGAGGCGUCUGCCUGCCUGGUCCCCUGCUCUCCUGCUGCUGCUGCUGCCGCUGCUGCUGCUCCGUGUCCCGCCGACCGGGGAGGGAGCCAGGAGGGACUCCGCCUUGGUGCCUGUGGCUGUGGCUGCGUCGGGCGGGCGAGGGUCGGCAUCCGUGUCCCGGGAAGGCGAGGCAGAUGCAGGCCAUCAAGUGCGUGGUCGUGGGGGACGGGGCUGUGGGGAAGACCUGUCUGUUGAUCAGCUACACAACAAAUGCCUUCCCCGGAGAAUACAUUCCCACUGUGUUUGACAACUAUUCUGCCAACGUCAUGGUAGAUGGAAAACCAGUAAACCUGGGCCUGUGGGACACAGCAGGACAAGAAGACUAUGACAGGCUGCGGCCUCUUUCCUAUCCACAGACAGAUGUGUUCCUGAUAUGCUUCUCACUGGUGAGCCCAGCUUCCUUUGAAAACGUCCGAGCCAAGUGGUAUCCAGAAGUCCGACAUCACUGCCCCAAUACACCAAUCAUCUUGGUGGGCACCAAACUGGAUCUGAGAGAUGACAAGGACACCAUUGAGAGGCUGCGGGACAAAAAGCUGGCUCCCAUUACGUACCCUCAAGGCCUAGCUAUGGCUAGAGAAAUUGGUUCAGUAAAGUACCUAGAAUGCUCUGCCCUUACACAGCGAGGCCUCAAGACCGUCUUCGAUGAAGCCAUCCGUGCUGUGCUCUGUCCUCCACCUGUAAAGAAGCCUGGCAAAAAGUGCACUGUUUUCUGAGAGCACCUGAGUUAAGCACAUUGUGGUUGUCUCCCUCUUCAUGGUAUAUGAGGAAGGAGUGUUUGCUGGGUGGUCCUGCAAUGGGAGUGGGGCGGGGCCCUUCAUCAUGUACGAAGUCAGUGUUUUUUUAAAUGUCUCUUUGAUUUAACGUCUGUGUUGAUGUAAAAAGAGCCGCAUGGGAGAAACAAGGAGCUCGAUGCUGUCCCACCCUCCAGGGUGGAGCACUGUAUUGGGGGAAGGGAGCAUGCUCCCUGUGACUCUGUGCUGGGGAGGGAACGCGUAAAUGGAAAGACCAGCUCUUUCUUGAUUUAACUUCUAUUGGUGCUAGAGCUUUGUGGUGGAAGCAUAGAAUGAAACCCCACUUGAGGCAGGAAAGACAAACUGGACACAGGCUGAAGAACUAGCCAUGGGUGCUUUAUUGUACAAGACACUAGUUUAUGCUCUACAAUUGAGUCGGAGCAGCUUCUGUGCCAUCCAAUGCUGCCUAUGCUUUUCAGGGCACCACCUGCCCAUGUGCUGCUCCUGAGCUGAUUUUACUUGACCAUCAACUCUCCCAAAGAUGAGGAAGAGAAGCUUGUCCAACUUGGGCAUAACAGAGCUGCCUGGCAGGAGCCUUUCUGUAAGAUGUUUGAAAAGAAAAGGUGGACGGGGGGGGGGGAGAUGCAGGUAGGAGGAUGAUUGCCAACCCCUUCUAUUUGUGAAAUGUAAUGGACUGGGGAAAUGGAGCAUGGAGAGCUUUGCAGGGGUUGGAAUGGAGAUGGGUCGAAUUUUUAAACCAUUGUGUAGCGUGAUGAGCUGAACACCUCUUAUUUUAUACAAUAAACAUUUCUCCAUAAGUAAGGCA